UUUUGGGGGGAAAGACCCGGGUAAACAUGGGGACGAACACCUGUAAAGGUGUGGUAACGUAAACAAUCUUAUCAAAAGUACAAAUUCUGAAUUACUAAAGGAUUUUUUCCAAAAUCUAACAAUGGACCAAGGCGCAGCCGAAAAAAAACUGACGAUCUUCUAUUCGUUAUCUGUAGGACUGGGUGCCAUUGCAAGUAUAACAAGCGGCAUCGCAUGGGGCCACUGGAAACAAACCUUAGAUCAAUGCGUCGGACGCAACUGCAGCUGCAUUUUGUACGGCACGCAUACUCCCACGGUAUUUUUGGGCGGCAGAAACGGCGCAUGCAUAUGGGUGACGUACGGGCCGCUAAUUUACAUACUGAUCUCAAUUGCGAUGGCAUGUUUUCAUGGUUUUCGAGUGCUGUUUUCUAGGAAGAAAACCAUAACGCGUACGGUGACGGCCAAGAAUGAGGUUGGCGAGACCAUCGAGCUGCACGCGGUGCAAGGCGAAAGCACCAACCCAUUACCACGAGCCUUUUGGAUAACGAUGGCCUGCAUCACGUCGUUCUUUACUAUCUACGCACUGACCCACUUUUCGAUUUUCGCCGACGGCUUUUUGACGACGUGCAAACAAUACAGACUGGCGCUGCAUCGGCAGCUGAGAUUCAGCGGGACGGUCACGCCGGUCAUUCACGAGCGGCUCGCCUGCACCGCAAUCUUCGACUUUAUGGACUACAUUCAGCCAGACAGCGGUAACGCGUACCGUGAGGGUUACAUUAAUACGGGUCUCGACUUGUCGCUUGGAAUUUCGGCGGCGUUCUUCUCGUGGAUCUUAUUUCUGGGGACGUCUGUUAUUAACAUACGGUAUGCAGCUAUUAAGGUUUGAAGGUUUACAUGAAAAUCACAGUUUUAUAUAAACACGUUUUUGAUGCUCACAUUUCGUACUGGUAGCUAUACCAUAAAAAUAAGUGCAAUUAGUAUGUUAAGGAAUGUAAUUUUAAUGUCUUUUUAUAAUUUAUUUUUACACACUGAUGCCAUAAAUAAAGAUUUUAUUUUUUUGGUA